AUUUGCAGCAAUUUUUCUACCAUGAUUUUCCCAAGACACAUCAAACAACAACCAGACGAAAAGUAUACAAGAGCUGCCUGGUAUGUGAUACAUGUAUACGAGAGCUGAUGGUAAUCGAUGUUCCACCCCAGAAACGAUUUCCAGCUGAUAAUUUUGCUGAAUGGAACAAUGGACAUCCACUGGGGUUGCGAACAGUUCAUGCGUAUGUUUUAGUGUUUGAUAUGGGAAACUUGGAAACAUUUCGGUAUUGCAGAUCUAUGAGAGAUCAAAUUUUGGAUAGUUUUAGUCAUCGUGAUUUUAGUAUAAUUGUAGUUGGCAAUAAAUAUGAUACAAUAAAUGAAACUCAAGCAAAUUCCCAGGUAAAUAUUAACGAAAUAAAUAAUGAAAAUGUACAGAAGUUAUUGAUAGAAGAAUGA